GGCAUAAACUAUUUUCUAGUUCAUUCAUAUUGGUUCUCUCUAAAUCGUCUAUCAAGAAAACAAAAUGAUAACUUCUAGCUUAAAAUUCACAUCCACUGUCGGACUUUUGUUCCUCGCUGUUUCAUUUGCUAGUGCAAAUUCACCCUUAUCCUGUAUCACUUGUGAAGGAAUCGGUUGUCUAAGAACUUCGUUGACCAAAAAAGAAACUUGUAUUGAUCCUUUGGAUAUCUGUGUGACAGUCUUUGAUGGAUUUCAAGUCGUAAGAAAGGGUUGUUCCCUUUCGGUACCAAUAGAAUUGCGUAAAAAAUGCAACACACCCAAUGGAAUUGAAUGUCACAAAUGCAAUCAAGACAAUUGCAAUACUUGGGGACGUGAUGACUAUCGUUGUGUUGAAUGUGAUUCAUCUAGAAAUGCUGAUUGUAAGAACAAUCCUUCGGCUAUUGCACCUACCCGUUGUGCAUCACCAACUUCACCAAAUUCAUAUUGUUAUGCCCGUAUUGAGAGCUCUAAGACAACACGUGGAUGUUCGUUGAGUGUUAAGGAUCAACAAGAAUGCUUUAAGAGUGCCAAUUGCAUGUUAUGUUUGGCUGGAGAUGUUAAAGCUUGUAAUGCUGUCAAUUUCACACCAGGCUCAGCUAGGGCUUUUCUAAUUUAAAAUGUUGUGUUUUCAUUGUAAAAGUAGUUUAAAAAAUUUAUAAAUUGAAUUGAAAGGGUGUAGUUUUGAUCUUGAAAAUAAAGAUUUAUAAUUGA